AAAAACCCUGACCUCAGAUCAGCCGCAGCCAGGAGGCUCCUGCAGCUCCGACAGCUCUCUGUUUUUAGUCUCUUCGGAGUGCUGAACCCAGCAGACAGCACAUUGAACUCCUCAUCCUCCACAUACAGGUCUGUCAAACACUGAUGCUGGGUUCUCAUUGGGAGUGGAAUGGAUAAUAGCCAUGGCGCAUUGUAAUCUUCAGUCUUCUCCUCAUAAUGACGUCAACCUGGGGCCUUCAGCAAACCCACAUGCCAGGCCCACUGACUUUGACUUUUUGACUGUCAUUGGCAAAGGGACCUUUGGAAAGGUCCUGCUUGCCAAGCUCAAAGCUGACAACAAAUUCUAUGCCGUCAAAGUGCUGCAGAAGAAAGUCAUUCUGAAGAAAAAGGAGCAAAAGAACAUAAUGGCGGAGAGAAACGUGCUGCUGAAGAGCCUGAAACACCCGUUUCUGGUUCGGCUCCACUACUCCUUUCAGACCCCAGAGAAGCUCUACUUUGUCCUCGACUACGUUAACGGGGGAGAGUUGUUCUUCCACCUGCAGAGAGAGAGGUGUUUCUCUGAGCCCAGAGCCAGGUUCUAUGCUGCAGAGGUAGCGAGUGCUAUCGGAUACCUUCACUCCCUCAACAUCGUUUACAGAGAUCUGAAGCCAGAGAAUAUUCUCUUAGACUCUCAGGGACACAUUGUACUGACAGAUUUUGGUCUGUGCAAAGAAGGUGUGGAACCAGAAGGGACCACCUCCACUUUCUGUGGGACUCCAGAAUACUUGGCACCAGAAGUUCUUCGUAAGGAACCAUAUGACAGGACAGUGGACUGGUGGUGUCUCGGAGCAGUGCUCUAUGAGAUGAUCUACAGCCUGCCUCCUUUCUAUAGCCGUGAUGUUGGAGAAAUGUACGAUGGGAUCCUCCACAAGCCGCUACCGCUGCCUCCAGGGAAGUCUGACGCCGUUAGCUCUCUGCUGAUGGGUCUUCUGCAGAAAGACCAACACAGACGCCUCGGGGCUAUCGCCGACUUUUUAGAAAUAAAGAACCACAUCUUUUUCUCUCCGAUCAACUGGGACGACCUUUACCACAAGAGAAUCACUCCGCCUUAUAACCCCAACGUGAGAGGCCCAGCCGACACUCAGCAUAUUGACCCAGAGUUCACCAGAGAAAUGGUCCCUAACUCUGUGAGUCGGACCCCGGAACUCAACGCCAGCACCAGCUCCAACAACGCCUUCAAUGGAUUCUCCUUCGUCGCCACCGAGGACAGUUUUCUGUGAGAAAGGACAUUUCUGUCGAAUGUUUUAACAGGGUGAGUGAUUUUAAUAGAGUGAAUGCACCUCUUUUGAGGGAAGAUCUCAUGAAACUAAGAGCACCUCAUGUACCAUGGCUGCCAUUGCAGACCAUGUUGGACUACUGCAGGGAUUUCCGAAUUGCUCCGCUUCAGUGCGAAGCAGAAAGAGAGAAUGUUUAAAACAAAAUGCCUGCAAUGGAAACAUCUCUGUGUAAAAUAAAAAAAAUGUAAAGUUCUUUGCCUGCAAGUUUUCCAAUAUCUGCUCCUAGAGAGGCAGUGAGGAAUCUCACAUUAGUAUGAGCUUUCACACUGAUGCAGUGCAAAUAAUCUAUAUUCCAUUCAUUUGCAAUGGAGGGGGGGGGGGGGGGGGGGCACAUGUGAAGCUGGAUUUAGCCAGAGGAGGUUUUGAUAGUUUUUUUUCUCACACAGAUAUUGUCAUAUUGUGUCUGUUUAACCAGACUUUGUGUUAUAAUCCCUUAUGAAACUGUCUCACUAAAGUCUUUUGUUUUUUGUUUUCUUUAGAAAACAUAUCUAAAUGCUUUGAAACAGGGAGUUGACAUCUUUAUGGCCAGAAAACCAAAUGAAUGAAAGAAUCUGUUUAACUGUGAUUCUUGAUAACUGUAGUCUCAUGCUUUAACACACAGAAAAACAUUAUACAUUGUUUGGUAUCUUAACAUCAGUAAAUAUUUGUCCAUCUGUGUCACCUUGGUAUGAUGUGUUGAAGUAAAACAGCCCAUUGCUGAGAGGACUGACAGCCUCUACUAGCUUCUUUAUUGUAUUUAAAGUGAAGCAAGGUCGGAUUUCACUGGGAAACUGUUGUAUGGCUUCAUAGCACAAACACUCAUUCCUAUACAUCACUAAAGUUCCUUUCUCAGCAAAGAAAGCAAGAAUUGACACUAAUCUUCCAGUUUGAAAGGAGUUAGGGCUUUCAGGCUGCAGAAGAUCAUGAUACACAUGAAAGACUAACAGUAAAAAUCCAUAUGUUCCAUUAUGUUUUUCUUUUUCUUCAGUAAAAACCAGAAGAAAGGUGAAAAAAAACCCCAGUUUAAAAAGGUACAAUAAGUGUAAAAACAGUAAAGUACCACUAUGAAUGAUACAGCUGGUUUGACACAAAUGCUCUCAGUCCUCACAGCAGUGGUUUGUUUUUGUCCAUGAUACACUGAUCCUUAAAGCACCUUUAAAACCUUCAAUCAGCUGUUUUUUUUUUUGUUGGACUGCAGUUUGUUUUCUGUUUUGUAAAAGUCCUCAAAUAUGUUUUUAUUGGAGAUUAUUUUAGCCUUUAGCUAGCAGACAAUAUUAAUGUUGAUUAUUUUUAUUUCGUAAUACAUAACAGCGAAACAUGAUUGAUGUAACAUGUAAAUAUGCAGUAGCAGCUUCAAUGCAAUAUGGAUAUGUACUGUUCUAAUGUAACGUCAGUGUAAACCAUUUGGUGCCUCUCUGCCUGAUGUUGUGCCUGAUGUUGUGCUUGAUGUUGGCAGUGAUGGGUGAUAACGUACAUCUGAUGACCAUUUUAUUUUUAUCUCAUUCAAAUAUACAGUAUAUAUAUACUUAAAUGUUUUGUCUGUACAGCUGAUAUUAAAGAAGCUCCUUUCUUCCAAUUUCUG